UUUUGCCGUAUCCCUUUCAGGUCCUAUUCACUUCGCGUUCGAACGGCCCCAUAACAGUUAAACCUUAGUAACAAACUCACGCUGAAAACAUGUAUGAAUUCAAAUUAACAACUUUUGGAGUCAGAAGACCGCUCUCAAAAUGGGGUGUGCAACGAUGACUUAUGAACCACAAAUCAAUCAGGAGGGGCAGUCGAUCAGCUCAUGGAGACCCUCACACAGCUAUGAAUGCUCGUACUGAUCCUCUGGAAAAACAAAAGCCAGUUGGAUGGACAAAAUAUGUCAAUCCGGUGAAAAAUCAAAAUUACCCAGCUACCAACCGUAUGCUUCACUCUGAUCUGUGGCGAAAUUCAGAAUGUGUGAAACCAAUGAACGCGGGCAUUUCUGCGCAAGCCAUGGAUACCAAAUGUGGUCAGCGAUCUCCACUUCCUGCGUUGCCAGAAGCCCCACUUGUCUCUGUAAGCAACGGGACCAAUUCGCGGCCCUCAGAACCGUCUGAUUCUUCCACUUCAAUUAGGUGUACAUGCGAACUCAAUACUCCGGAGCGCUGUAGCCGCUUGAACUUCAAAGCACGUGGGAGCUCUUGGGCUGCUCUGUGGUGUGCACAAACUGGUCACACUGAAUGGAAUUGUAUGGAUUCAGACAACGAUGUGAAUACGGUGGAUAUAAGGUAUCACAUGGAUCUGCUUAGCAUUUCCGGUCGUAACCUACAGCCGUUAACGGAGUCCAAUCACCAGGAAGUAGAACCCAAUUCAACCCAGUUCCGUGACUUCACUUCUUUUCAAAAUCCAGACAGAGAACGUAGACGGGAACGAAACAAUAAUCGUACUUUCAAGGCUUCUCCGUGCUCAAGCCACUCAGGAAACCGCAUUACCCAAAGACAUGGUCAGCCAGACAAAGCAUUGGCUUGUCUCGUCGGACAAAAGUGCAAACUUCCUUCCAAGCCACGGACCCUACUUGAAUCGUAUACUAAGACACCUGCUUUCACAAGAUUACCUUUCGUUCAGGGUACGACUCGCCUAAAGUAUACAGGUAAUAAAGUGAGCUUCACUUCUUUUCAAAAUCCAGACAGAGAACGUAGACGGGAACGAAACAAUAAUCGUACUUUCAAGACUUCUCCGUGCUCAAGCCACUCAGGAAACCGCAUUACCCAAAGACAUGGUCAGCCAGACAAAGCAUUGGCUUGUCUCGUCGGACAAAAGUGCAAACUUCCUUCCAAGCCACGGACCCUACUUGAAUCGUAUACUAAGACACCUGCUUUCACAAGAUUACCUUUCGUUCAGGGUACGACUCGCCUAAAGUAUACAGAUGCCUCACCCCACUAUACUGAUCCUAUGAACGGAGCAACGGAUCAAUUCCUCAAUCGCAUUCAAACCCUUCUGUACUUAGAAGAGGCCACGAAGCGUUGGGAACGGUCUCAAUGGCGGCGCAAGUGGAAACGACGAAGAUCACUGAAUACAACUGAACGAUUAUCAAGACUGUUUGAUCUGUUCACGAAGCAUGGUAAUCGGUUUACAAACAUUUCGCCAUCAGUGAAGGGGACAUCGUCCUUUCAUGGUCACGUGGACCAGAAGUUACUCUGCGUCGUCAACCACUGUUUUGCACACGAAGUUUGGACUGUUUUCUACGUUCACACCAAACGGUUAGAGCACGGAUUUACGGACAGGAAGGUCCAUGGUUCGAACCCGACCUCUGUUUCUCGACGUCCCCUGUCUGUGAUUGGGCAACCUGGCAGUACCCAGCCCUCGUGGCAUGGCAGCCAGGCACCGGAAGGAUGUUACGGCUGA